AUGAUUGAUUCAACCGCAAUCAACGCCGUAUUGGCUAUCUUUGUCCCUUCAAUCCAAGCUCAUCGAAAGAAGACUUCAAAACCAUUCGUCCUGGGUCUUUCUGGUCUUCAAGGCAGUGGAAAGUCAACAUGGGCUGCAGCACUUUCUCAGGCUUUAACCGCCCAGCAUAACCUGAAGAAUCGCACCUUAUCUCUGGACGACCUUUAUCAUGACCAUCCACAGCUCGUCGACAUCAAAGAGGCGAAUCCCGAUAACGGGCUUCUUCAGAGCCGUGGUCAGCCUGGAACUCACGAUGAGGUUCUGGCCAAAGAAUUCUUCGAUCAGGUCCUUGGCCGAUCAGACGAUGAAAAGAAGGCUGUCAAGUGGCCGGCUUACGACAAGAGUCUCCAUAGUGGCCAAGGUGGUAGGGUCCCUGUCGAGCAGUGGGAAGAGGUGGCUCUCGGCCAAGAUCUCGACGUUCUUAUCUUCGAGGGCUGGGCACUCGGCUUUCAACCUUUGACCGAAGAGGAGGUUACAAAGAAAUGGGAGCAGGCCAAAGCCACUCAGGCACAGCAGUCUGAGGACUGGGCGCUUACGAAUACCUUGGCAACUCAUGACCUAAGUCAUCUUCUACUCAUCAACGCAAACCUCAAGAGAUACUGUGAGACAUUUGCUGGCCCGCAGCACUUUGAUGGAUUUCUGCAUCUGAGCACAGAUAGAUUGGUUCAGGUUUACGAUUGGCGGUUAGAUCAAGAGAGGGCACUGCGAAAGCACAAGCCCGGCAUGACAGACGAGCAGGUGAUCAAAUUCGUGAAGGGAUAUAUGCCAGCUUACGAGCUAUUCCUUGAACGUCUCCAAAAUCAGAACUUCUUUCAUGGGACGAGAGAUGGGUCGGGCGAAAAGAAGCAUGUGCAAGUGGUAUUGAAUAAGUCUCGCGAGGUGAUAGAAGUGAAGGAGGUGUAG